UCAUUCUACAUGUCACUGUUGUUUGUUUAUCUCCAUAUUAAACUGAAAUCAAAAAAUCUGCUUGUUAUCUUCGUAAAAAACUAGUUCCUGUAAACCUGAAACAAUUCUUCCAGUUCGCCAUGUAGAUUCGGACAUUUAAUCGCGACGUGGUGUCAGUAGUAUACAAUACAAUCUGUCUAUUUAACAAACAGCAUGUCGUUCCGUUUCACCUGUUCUAUAUUGUAGGAAAUGUCCGACUACGAGCUCCUGCCCUUUGAGAUUUGCUGUAUGAUCUUCGACUUCCUGAGCGUAGCAGAUUUGAAGAAUGUAUCGCUCACCUGUCGCCGUUGGUGUCAUAUCAUUUUCUCCGAUAGAUACAUUCGACGAUUCAUGCUUAGAAUCAAUCUGCACCGAUCGGAUCAUUCCAUGCUGUCGAAUUCGGCAGGAUCGCCGAUUGUGUCUGAUCGAUCUCGCGUUUAUGUGCCUAGUUCCUUCUCAUGUUCACUCUACCAGCGAUGUCGGAUGAAUAAGACCAAGUCCAAGUGUGAACUCCGUCAGAUGUCAUUGGUGUUGAGACGCUCCUGUCGCCACUACAGCAACAUAACAUUCGUGUGCGACAACCGAAGCGAGUUCACGGAUAACGUUUUCAAUGUCAUACUGAAUCUACUGAGACCGAACGGGUUGGAGCGGGUGGAGAUUCUGAAAAUUAUUCUUUCCUCCAAUUUGAAUGUUCUAGUUACGAUACUGAAUAGUGCCAUUAGAAAUAUGAUAAGGUUGAAGAGUUUUCAUCUGAUUUACGAUCCGCAGCGAAGGCUUCAGUGCGGUGAUCAAGUUCGACCGUGCGUAGUUAUCGAGAGUCCGACCAUUACGCACAUUGAGCUGAAAUCGGUCAUUCCGGAGCAGAUACGACUGCCGAAGCUGCACUCGUUGAACGUUAGUCUACAACCAGGGAUAGCAGGGAUAAUCGAGAGCGUGGCAGAUAAUCUAACCACUUUGCAGCUUCAGCUAGACUGUACCACGGCCAACUGUGGCGAGGAAGAGAUAUACGCUCUUUCGCUCGAUCGGCUGAAAGUACUGAAAUUAAGUCGAGGUAUCAUGAACGAAUUCAGCUUCCCAAUCCCGAUUAGCUCAAACAGACCGGGUCUCAAACUGCGAUUCUUCCGUCACUUGAAUAAACUGGAGAAACUGAUCCUGGAGGAAAAGUACACGGCAGAGAACAUCUUUCUCGCUAUAUGCGAAACUUCGCGCAAUCUCGUAGAGCUCAAAAUCGAUCACCUCAAGGUCAUCAAUUGCACCGUUCUUGAUAAACUGUCCCUUUUGCAAAAUCUAAAAAUACUUGCCUUGCCGAACAUAUAUUCCUCGCACGAGAUCUCCUUUCACUACGUCUACCUGCCGAAGCUGGAAAGCCUCCAUCUGGAGAUCUUUAAAGAUUCCUCGCACUCAUUCAGUAAAUUCGUCAAUCUGAAACGUCUGACAAUCGGGUCGUAUUCGUCGCAGGCUCCGGAAGUGAUCGACAUCAUUUCGAUGUACAUCCAGCAGUUACGUGAGCUGCGCCUAUACUUUCUCGACUAUGCCGGUGUUCCGUCACGUACAUUCCGCAAGCUAGCCUAUCUGGGGCAGCUACGAAAACUGGAGCUAAUUAAGGGCCAUCUGCGGCGAGAUGUUUUCGGUCGCUGUCCACCGGGAUUGAGCGAGCUGGAAUCAAUCGUUUUCAACUUCUGUCAGCUGGAUACGGAGCACUUUGAUGGGUUGCGGGAAAAAUUUCCCAAACUGAAGGAUGUUCGCUUCGAGGACUGCCUGGUGCGCGGUCAGAUGCCCUACUCUGAGGUGAGGUUGAGUUAUCGUUAAGUUAUAGUAGAUGUAAAGAAGAGGUUUUUCAGAUUUUAUCGUUAAUAAAUUUUUGUUAAUGCUAAUCGUUGAA